CAAUCAUCCACGCACCAAACAAAAGCUAUCUCAAUUUCCCAACUAGACCAGACCACCUGAUUCUCAUCAAUCUUCCUUAUCCUUCUUCCUAAAAACACCAUUCUACAGCUAUCUUUGUGCAACAAUUAUAAGUAAAUUUAGAAAAAGCAUUUAAAAUGGCUUCAUUUUCUCUCCCUACCAAUCAAGCUCUUCCUUCUCUGCUCCAUUCUCAUAUCCCAAAAGCUACAUUCUUUCAAAACCACUCUCUUCUUCCCAAAUCUUCACAAUCGCAAUUUCAUGGCCUCAAGCUCUCUAAUUCAUCCCCUGUUUCAAUCCCAUCUUCUUCUUAUGUGAAGGGUUCAAUUGUUGCCAAGAUUACAGAAGGUUCAUUGGCACCAGCAUUUACAUUGAAAGAUCAAGAUGGUAAAACUGUGAGCCUUUCUAAGUUCAAAGGCAAGCCUGUGGUUGUUUAUUUCUACCCUGCUGAUGAAACCCCUGGUUGUACCAAACAGGCAUGUGCAUUCAGGGAUUCUUAUGAAAAAUUCAAGAAAGCCGGAGCCGAGGUUAUUGGAAUAAGUGGGGAUGAUCCAGUAUCCCACAAGGCCUUUAAACAGAAAUACAAGCUUCCAUUUACAUUGCUGAGUGAUGAGAGUAACAAAGUAAGAAAAGAGUGGGGCGUCCCAUCAGACCUAUUUGGCGCUUUGCCUGGAAGGCAAACUUAUGUUCUCGAUAAGAAUGGAGUAGUUCGACUUAUCUACAACAAUCAGUUCCAACCUGAGAAGCAUAUCGAUGAAACCUUGAAGUUUCUUCAAAGUGCUUAACUAUUAUUCUGGAUUACUUUUCUGAUACCCUUGGCUAUGAAUCUCUCUCUCUUGUAACUAGUUUUCUGUAAAGAGGAUUGAACCUCAAUUUGUAACUGGGUAGUGUGUUGUAUUUUAGUGCUAUUUAAGGCGUAUUGUUCGAAUGGGAAGAACAGAGAGUUCCUUAACAAGUACACUCGAUUUAUUCGUGAAAACAAAAUUUCAAUUUCUAGUACAUUAUAUAUGAAAUUUGCCCCCAUUAUUCCA